CUACCGAGCUCUCACUGGUCCUCACGAUAUGUGUGGAAGAGAUUCAAGCACUUACUGAGCUAUUGUUUGUCCAAAUACCCCAUCUUGUACUUCAAAGUACCCUCCCGUAUACUCUACGUUCAAGCCAAGACCUGCUCGAGCCAGCUCCAACAUGGGUGAUACCGUCUCAAACACGGAGAAGCUUCCAAGCUCGUCUCCUCUGCCUAUCCGCAUCAUAACGCACAAUGUCCGAUUCGCAACCGACAACGCCGAGAAGCAUGAACGCCUAUGGGAGAACCGCCUUCAUCACUUAACAGGCCAUUUCAAAUACCACACACGUCAAUUCUUCUCUCCACAGUCAACGCUGGUCUGCAUGCAAGAGGUCCUCCAUGGCCAACUGCAAGACCUGUCCCGUGAAGCUUUCGGAAGUCCCAGCUCGGCGGCAGACUCAACGAAUAGUCCAAGUGACUGGAUCCAUGUGGGCGUCGGCAGGGAUGAUGGCAAGACGAAGGGGGAGUACAGUCCAAUAUUCUUGCGUCAAUCCGCCUGGAAAUGUAUACACACCGAAACUGUAUGGUUGAAUGAGUCCGGCGAGGUCGGCAAGAAGGGAUGGGACGCUUCAAGUAUCCGGAUCGUGACCUGUGCAGUCCUCGAAUCACAAGCGUCCUCGAAUCCGUAUAAGACAAUUCUUGCGCUCAACACACACCUUGAUGAUCAGGGAGAAAUUGCACGUCGUGAAGCAGCCAAGUUAAUCCUUCAAGUAGCUACUCGUCUACAAUUCAAGUACUUGCCACAUUUCACCUUUCUGACCGGAGACCUAAACAGCGAGCCUACCGGAGAUGCAUACCAUGUCCUCAACGCUUCAGGAUCCGGCUUUGUGGAUGCACGUCGACUGAUUGCAGACCAUGGUAACGCAGACGGCAAGAUCUAUGCUUAUGGAAAUGAGUUGACCUUCACCGGAUUCGAUGGCGACGGAGCUGCCAAAGGGAAGCAGAGAAUCGAUUUUGUCCAUCUGGGUAUCUCGAAGAGUGGUGAAGAGUCGACGGAGCUGGAAAACGCAAAGCAAAUGGUUCAGGGGUACGGUGUUCUGCCAAGUCGGUUUGAUGACGAGGUCUGGCUAAGCGACCAUCGUGCCGUUGUUGUUGAUCUUCUUGUGUGAUGAAGCAACCUUGGUUUAGAUCUUUUGGCAUGAGCAUGGAUUGGCAUAGAGAAGCAUUAGAGUUGGCGUGUUA